UGUUGACGUAUAAUGCUUAUUUGUGUUGGAAAGUUUAUGGCGCCAAUUAUGCCACUUUGCUGUUGUUUGUGAGAUUUUUUAAAUAUUUUUAAAAAUGCCGGCUUUUUUAAAGCAUAUCGAAGUAGAGAACUUUAAGUCUUACAAAGGGAAGCUUAUUAUAGGACCUUUAAAAUCAUUUACUGCUGUUGUUGGACCAAAUGGAUCUGGGAAAUCUAAUUUUAUGGAUGCAAUUAGUUUUGUUAUGGGAGAAAAAACAAGUAGUUUACGUGUAAAGCGGUUUAGUGAGUUGAUACAUGGAGCUUCGAUAGGAAUGCCAGUUGCUCGAAGAUAUGUUAAACGAAUUUAUAUAUACGAUACAUCCUAUACGAUCGCUACAAUCACUAUAAAUUACAGUGCGUCUGUAACUGCAGUAUUUGAAUUGGAAGAUGGAACUGAAAAAAGUUUUAUGCGUUCUGUACAAGGUUCAUCCUCAGAACACAGAAUAAAUAACAAUAAAUUUAUUUUAAAUGAAAAUCUUUUUAUGCGUAUCAAACAGGUAGUUACAAGUCAAGUGUAUCUCAACGAGCUAGAGCAACUUGGUAUUAAUGUCAAAGCAAAAAAUUUUCUUGUAUUUCAAGGAGCCGUAGAAUCAAUAGCUAUGAAAAAUCCAAAAGAACGUACUGCACUUUUUGAAGAAAUUAGUAAUUCUGGUGCAUUAAAGGCGGAAUAUGAAAGAUUAAGAACGGAAAUGUUGAAAGCAGAAGAGGAAACUCAAUUUUCAUAUCAAAAGAAGAAGGGUAUUGCUGCUGAAAGAAAGGAAGCAAAAUUGGAGAAAGAAGAAGCUGAAAAAUAUCAACGUUUGAAGGAAGAAUAUAUAGAAAAACAGGUGGAGCUUCAAUUAUUUCGCUUAUUUCAUAAUGAAAAGAGUACGGAGAAUUUGGAAGUUUCACAGAAGAAGAAACAACAUGAGAUAGAAAAAAUUGAAAAGAAAAAGGAGAAGGCAGAAGAAUUAUUAAAGGAGAAAAAGAAAGAAGCUGGAAAAUUGGGAAGAGAUCUUGCUAAAAUAGAACAAGAUAUCAGAGAGGUAGAAGUUGAAAUAACAAAGAAAAGACCUACGUUUAUCAAGGCAAAAGAACGUGUUGCACAUAUGCAAAAAAAAGUAGAAUCAGCUCGGAAGUCCUUAGCUCAAGCACGUAUUGCAGAUGAAGCUCAUAAGAAAGAUAUACAUGAACUUCAAGAAGAACUGCGACAAGUGGAAGAAGCUAAAGCAGCUUAUGAAGCAAGUAUUGCUGGACAAUCACAAUUACAAGGAAGAGAUGUACAACUUGAAGAUGAACAGGUUAGAGAAUAUAAUCGCUUGAAGGAGGAAGCAGGUAAACAAUCAGCAAGAUAUUUGCAACUUCUCGAUUCUAUCAAUCGGGAGCAAAAAUCUGAUCAAGAUAGACUUGACAAUGAAGGAAGAAAAAAGACAGAAAUAGAGAAUAAACACAAACAGAAAGGUCAUAUGCGAGACGAAGCUCUUAAAAGAGUAGAAAAAUUAGAAGAGCAUAUAAAAACGUCGGAAGCUGCCUUGGAGGAUCAAAAAAAGUUGCGAGCUGACUUACAGUCUGACGUUGGUACGUCAAAAGAUAAAAUACAAAAUCUACAGCGAGAAUUAGAGAGCAUUUCGGAACAGUUAGGUGAUGCAAAAGUUGAUAAACAUGAAGUAUCAAGAACUAAAAAGAAAACUGAGAUUGUAGAAAAUUUUAAACGACUCUUUCCCGGAGUGUAUGACCGUAUGUACAAUAUGUGUGAACCUAUUCAUAAAAGGUACAAUGUUGCAAUUACAAAAGUUCUUGGUAAAUAUAUGGAAGCUAUAGUUGUUGAUACUGAAAAAACAGCCAGACAAUGCAUUCAGUAUCUUAAAGAACAGUAUCUUGAACCAGAAACAUUUCUUCCUCUUGAUUACAUUCAAGCAAAGCCAUUAAAAGAAAGACUUAGAAAUAUACAGGAACCUAAAAAUGUAAAACUGUUAUAUGAUGUAUUACAUUUUUCACCUAAAGAUAUUGACAGAGCUGUAUUAUUUGCUACGAAUAAUGCACUUGUAUGUGAAACACCUGAAGAUGCAAAUAAAGUAGCUUACGAAAUGGAUAAAAAAGCAAGAUAUGAUUGUGUUGCGUUAGAUGGUACAUUUUAUCAAAAAGCAGGAAUUAUAUCCGGCGGCAGUUUAGAUCUUGCAAAGAAAGCGAAAAGAUGGGAUGAGAAGCAAAUGUCUCAAUUAAAGGCACAAAAAGAAAAGUUAACGGAAGAGUUGCGUGAAUCUUUGAAAAAAUCACGAAAAGAAUCUGAAUUAAAUACAGUUGAAUCUCAAAUACGAGGAUUGGAAACACGUUUAAAAUAUAAUAAAAGUGAUCUAACUGCUACGCCAACAAUAGCUGCGAUUGAAAAAACGAUGGCUGAGAGAGAUCAAGAAAUACAAAACAUUAAAGAAAAAAUGAAUAAUGUUGAAGAUGAUGUAUUUGCUAGCUUCUGCGAACAAAUAGGUGUCUCUAAUAUUCGUCAAUAUGAAGAAAGGGAAUUACGGCAAUGUUUUACGGUGGGAACGCGCCGUUCAAGAUGCAGAAGAUAAACUAGAAUCUGCAAGACAAACUGAAUCUAAUCAAAAAGCAGAAAUAGAUCAUGAUGAAACUCAAAUGGAGCAAUUGAAAUCAGCGCGAAAUGCAAAAAAAAUGGAAGUUGACCAAAAAGAAGAUGAAAUAGGUAAAGCUAGACGCGAAGUUGGAGCGAUAGCAAAAGAUAUACAAGCUGCUCAAAAACAAUUGAAUGGCAUUGAGACCAAGAUCGAACAAAAAAAAGCUGAACGUCAUGCUAUUCUAAUGCAGUGCAAGAUGGAAGAUAUUGCAAUUCCAAUGCUUCAUGGAAAUAUGGAAGAUAUAGCUAGUGAAACUAGUACAACUAACAGUUCAGAAAUUAAUAAUGACUCAUCGUUAAGUACCCAGCAACAAUAUGAACGUGAAAAACGAAUAACUAUAGAUUAUGCUCUCCUUCCUGAGAAUUUGAAGGAUGUAGAAGAAGAAGAUAUUAAGAAAACUACCGACAAACUGACAAAAACGAUUAAUGAUUUGCAAAAUACUAUUCAACGUAUUCAAGCUCCAAAUAUGAAGGCAAUUCAAAAAUUGUAUCUUGCUAAAGAGAAACUACAAGAAACAAACGAAGAAUUUGAACAGUCUCGUAAAAAAGCGAAAAAAGCAAAGACGCAAUUCGAGAAAAUCAAAAAAGAAAGACAUGACAGAUUUAUGGCUUGUUUCGAACAUGUGGCAAAUGAAAUUGAUCCAAUUUACAAGAGUUUAGCAAAAAAUCAGUCUGCUCAAGCAUUCCUUGGACCAGAGAAUCCAGAAGAACCUUAUUUAGAUGGUAUCAAUUACAAUUGCGUUGCACCAGGAAAACGAUUUCAACCAAUGUCUAAUUUAUCUGGUGGAGAAAAAACUGUUGCAGCAUUAGCAUUAUUGUUUGCAAUUCACAGUUUUCAACCUGCGCCAUUCUUUGUAUUGGAUGAAAUUGAUGCUGCACUGGAUAAUACCAAUAUAGGAAAAGUUGCUAGUUAUAUACGUGAUAAAACAAGUUCUUUACAAACUAUUGUCAUAUCUUUGAAAGAAGAAUUUUAUUCUCAUGCUGACGCGUUAAUUGGCAUUUGCCCUGACAUCAUGAAGUGAAUUACACUAAACUAAGAUUACAGAUUUGUGUUUUAGGAAAAUCAAAUAUUAUGGAUGCAAUUAGUUUUGUUAUGGGCGAGAAAGCUAAAAAUUUGCGCGUUAAACAACUCAAUGAGCUUAUCUAUGGUACAUUUGGAGGAGUACCCAUAGGACACAGAGCAUAUGUAACAGCUGUAUUUGUUUUUGAAGACAGUAGUGUCAAAACUUUUACAAGAACUAUAUAUCAUGCUUCUUCUGAAUAUAAAAUUAACGAUCAGGUGGUUGCGGCUCAGUUAUACAUGUCUAAAUUAAGGAAACUAAAUCUCAACGUAACGACUAAAAAUUUUUUAGUAUUUCAAGGAGCUAUCGACUCCACGUUAAUGAAAACACCAAAAGAAUAUACUCGUAUGUUUGAGGAAAUUAGUAAUUCAAUUGAACUAAAGGAAGAAUAUGAAAGGUUGAAAAGUGAAAUUAUUAAAGAAGAAAUUGAAAUUAAAUAUUUGUACAAAAGUAAAAAGGAUCUUCUUUUAAAGAAGAAAUAUGCUUCAUUAGAAAAAAAGGAAGCAGACAAAUGUAAAAAGCUUCAUAAUCAGUGUUUAAGUAAAAAAACAGAGUUGUACCUCUUCGAAUUAUUCCAUAUUCAAAAAGAUAUUGAAGAUCUAGAUGUUACUCUGAGGGCUACAGAACUGAAACUGAUCAAAUACAAGAACGAUAAAGACGAUAAAAGUGGCGUUUUAAAAGAGCGAAAAAGACAAUUAAAAAUUGCACUUGGAACUUUGGAAAAUAUCGAACAAGAUCUUUUCAACUUGGAAGACGAUGAGAAACAGAAACAGAAACAGAAAAAUUUGUUCGAAGAAAAAGUUUCAUAUUGCGAACAAAAGAUUAAAUCUCUCAAUCGGAAGCUAUCGGAAGCACGAGAAUCGAAUAAAUCUCACUUGAAAGCAACAAAAGAAUUAAUACAAAGAAAAGACGAAUUAGUGCAAAGGAAAUCUAAGGUCGAAAAAAAUAUAGCGACUCAUUUACUGUCUCAAGGCAGCAGUAUUCAACUUAAUGAUACACAAGUGAAAGAAUAUUUUCAUUUAAAACAAACAGCUGGGGCACAGUGUUCAGAAAAUAUACAGGUGUGCAUUUCUCUUAAACGUGAACAAAGUGUGAACGAAAAUAAAUUAGACAACGAAAAUAGAAAAAAAUAUGAGUUAGAAGCUACGUUACAGCAAAAAAAUAUUUUAAAAUAUGAAACGGAAAGACGUAUUAAAAGUCUUCAACGAUGCAUGGAUAAAAUUCAGGAUAUAUCAACAAAUAAAACAAAUACAAAAUAUAAUGUGGAGAAAGAAAAAAAGGAUAUGGAAUCUAUACAACGAGAAUUACAAUCAGUCUCUGAACAACUUGAUUCUGCAAAAUUAGAUAAAUUUACAACUUUGCGCCUAACUAAAGCGGAAGAAACAAUCAAAGUUUUACAAAACCUUUUUACUGGUGUGUAUGAUCGUUUAUAUAAGUUGUGUAAGCCUAUUCAUCCUCGGUACGAUGUUGCUAUGACAAAAGUAUUGGGAAAAUACUGCAACUCUAUUAUUGUCUCUACAAACAAUGUAGCAGUACAGUGUAUCAAUUAUUUAAAGCAACAAGAGAUAGGAACUGAAACAUUCCUGCCAGUAGACAGUCUGAAAGCAGAACCAAUAAAGAACCAUCUACGUUAUUGUCAUUCUGAAAUUGAGCCAGGGUAUCAGGAUGAUUUGUGCAUCAACGUAAACGGUUGCAGUCUAACUAUAUUUUUUAGUUCAUUUUUGAUAAUUUGUGAUUAUGUUAUUUCGGUGAGGAUAACGGAAUUACAAACCCAAAAAAUGUAAAACUUUUGUACGAUGUGCUUAACUUUGAACAUAAAAAAAUGAACAAUGUCAUCUUGUUCGUAACUAAAAACACCCUUGUUUGUGAAACGUCAGAAGAUGCAAUCAUAUUGGCAGAUGAAAUGGAACCAACUAAAAUCAAUUGCGUUACAUUAGAUGGAACUUAUUACACGAAGUACGGUAUAAUUUCUGGAGGGCAGGUUGAACUAUUAAAGAAAGCCGAAAUAUGGAAAGAGAAAGACUUUGUCCAAUUAAAAUCAAAAAAGAAUAAUAUAACAUUGAUUAAAAAUGAUAUGAUGAAAAAAGCUCAAGAUAUUCAAAGUAUCGAAAAAUCCAUGAUGGAUAUUGAAGAUACUGUUUUUCAAAAAUUUUGUAAAAAAGUUGAUAUUUCAAAUAUACGUCAAUAUGAAGAAGGAUACCUGAAGUACAAUUUUAAAGGUGAAAAAAGAGUUGGACACGGUUAAAAAUGAGCUGGAAGAAGCACGUGAGAAUGAAGUUUUAUGUAUAGAGAGUAUCGAAUGUGAAUCGAACAGAUUGAAUGAUUUACGAAGUAAAUAUAACGAAGCAAAAAUUAACGUCAACGAGCAGACGAAAAACGUUAAUGAAUGUAGAUGUAAUAUCGGAAUCAUUGCAAAAUCAAUUAUUAAAACUGAAAAAGAAUUUCUAGUAAUUACAACAAAUAUUAAAAAGGAAAAAGCAAAAUACUAUGCUAUUUUGAAAGAGUGCAAGAUAGAAAAUGUUACUAUUCCACUACUUUCUGGUGGAAAGGCAAAUAAAUUUGAAGAUGUACUUAGUACGAGCGAUUCAACGCCAAACACGGACACACAAGGCAUAUUUAUGCCCAUAGAUUUCAAAAUAUUGUCCGAGGAUUUUAAAACUCGAACAGACGAAAAAGUUGUUAAUUCGAAAAGUAAACUUGUGGAAGAAGUUGAAGAAUUGCAAAAUGAAAUGGAAUCUAUAAAAAAUCCAAAUUUCAAGGCAAGCAAUGAAAUUGAAUUCGCAAUUGAGAAGUUGAAGGAUACGAAUUUUAAAUACCAGGAAGCACGUGAGAAAAUGAACACGAUUAAAAAACAGUUUGAAACAGUGAAACAAGAAAGAUACAACAGAUUCACGCGUAGUUUAGAACACAUCGCUAUAGAAUUAGAUUCCAUUUACAAGUGUUUAGUAAAAGAUCAGUCGGCGCAAGCGACUCUCAUACCGGAUAACCCUGAAGAACCAUACUUAGCUGGGCUGAAUUAUAGUUGCGUAAUGCCGGGUAAACGAUAUCAAUCGUUUUCGAAUCUCUCCGGUGGAGAAAAGACACUCGCUACACUAGCUAUUUUAUUUGCAAUUCAUAGGCCAGCACCAUUUUUUGUGUUGGAUGAAAUUGACGCAGCUUUAGAUACCGUAAAUGUAAGAAAUGUCGUGCAAUUUAUAUGCUCUAAGAAGGAAGAGAUGCAGUUUAUCAUUGUAUCUUUAAACCAACAGUUGUACUCACAUGCUGAUGCUCUGAUUGGAAUUUGCCCUGAUGUAAGUUAUACUUUUUAAGUCAUUAAAAAUAAGUGUUUAUUCUACACACUUUGCACAUUAAACUUUUUAUAUUUCUAGACUACUGGAGAAUGUCCAGAAAGUUUAGUAUAUACGCUUUCACUGAAAGAAUAUUCCACAUCAUGCGAGAAAUAAUAAUCCCUUAUUUUAUGCUUAAUUCGCAACAUUAUUAUUGUUAAAUGAAAAAUUGAGAAUUUAAUUUUCAAUCUAUGAAUUUAAUAUUUAGCUUAAAUAA